AUGGCUGAAAGUGUCACCAAGACCCUUCUCCAUAGCGAAGCUCUCCAGCAGUACAUCUUGGACACAAGUGUGUUGCCGAGGGAGCAUGGACUCCUCAAACAACUCCGAACAGCCACGCUCGAGAAGUAUGGCCACUUAUGUGAACUGAGCGUCCCCGGAGACGAGGGAAUGUUCUUAUCAAUGCUUCUGAAAAUGAUCAAUGCGAAGAGAACGUUGGAGAUCGGUGUUUUCACAGGGUACUCUCUCCUAACCACCGCACUCGCAUUGCCCGAUGACGGCAAGGUAACAGCCAUAGACUUGGAUCGAGAAGCGUAUGAAGUCGGAUUGCCAUUCAUCGAAAAAGCAGGAGUGGCUGACAAGAUCAACUUCAUCCAAUCAGACGCCCUCUCAGUUCUAGACCAGAUGCUCGGUCAAAAGGAGUUCGACUUUGUGUUCGUGGACGCCGACAAGGCGGACUACCGCGGCUACCACGAGCGCGUGAUGAGGCUCCUGAGGAUCGGGGGUGUGGUCGCGUACGACAACACGCUGUGGUAUGGCUCCGUGGCCAAGGGCCACGAGGAGCUGCCCGAGUUCCUCAGGAGCCGAGCGAUGGAGGACGUCUCCAGCUACUUCUACAAUGGCCACGCCGCGAUCGUGGAUUUCAACGAGUUCUUAGCCUCCGACCCGCGAGUCGACAUCUCUCAAGUCCCCAUCGGGGACGGAGUCACCUUGUGUAGACGCCUGCAGUAGCGGAAUUUAAUGCGGCGGAAGGGAAGCUUCGGUUGCCCGUUCUAGAUCCGGGACUUGUUCGAGCUACCAUCGA